AUGGAUAUAGAUAAUAAUUCAUUAAGUUUUUAUAACCUGAAAAAGUAUGAAGAUCAUUUAAAUAAUUCAAAUAAAAACGUGAGCGAUAGAAAAUCAAAGCAUCGUAAUGGGAAUAAAAAGAAGCAAAGAGAAAAAAAUAAUUUAAAUGUAAAUGACGUUUCUUAUCAAAAUAAUAUAAAUAAUUCUAAUCAAAGUUUUGUAAGUUUUUCUGAUGAAUCAUCUUAUUUAAGUUCAUUUUGCAACAAUGACAUUUUUGAUGAUAAUUCAGAUCCCUUAAAUGGGCAUGGUAAAUUAAUAAAUAACUUUCCAUAUAAUUCUGAUUGUUCUGAUAAUGAAUUAUCAGAAAAUGCUUAUUAUAAGGAACAAAAGGAAAAUUAUAUAAAUAAUAUUUUGAAUGAAAAUAAGUGUAAUUGUUAUGAAAAUGAACAUUAUUUGCAACAUAAUAAAACUACAGAAAAAAAAACACAUAAAACAAAAAAUGUACAGAAAAAAAAUAGAAAAAAUUCAUUUACUUUUAAUAACAAUAUUAAUUCUAUACCUCUUACUCAAGAGAAUAAUAUAGAUAUCAAAAUUGCUAGAAAUGUUGAUAAUAUUGAUAACAAAAAUUCUUUAUAUGAUAAAGAAGAUAAUAAUAAUGUCAAUAACAAAAUUAGCAAUAAUAGAAAUGAUAGUUAUGAUAAGAAUAAUUGUGAAAGUAAUAAUGAUGAAGAUUUAUAUUCUGUUAUAAGUGGAUCAGAAUAUGAUAAUGAAAUAAUAGCUAAUACUCACAAGUUUAAUGGUUGUGGCAAUAUUAAUAAUAAUUCAAUCAAUAAAAUAGCAGUUGAAAAUUCAAUAAAACUAGUUGAAAAAACAAUGAAUAGUAACAAUAUGAAUUUAAUGAAAGAAAAUAAAUCUAUUGAUGAAUUGGGACAUAUACAGAACAAUAAAAAUAUAAAAAAUAUACAAAAAAGUGUACUAACAAAUUUUGAUGUUAGUAAAGAUAAAAUAAAAGACAAUAAUUUGAUUAUUAAAAAUAAUUAUGAAUUUAAAGAGCUUAUUACAUCGACUAUUAAUUUAUGUUAUCCCAAAAUAAAAAAUGAAAAUGAUUCUGAGGAUAUUCUAAAAAAUAUGGAGAAAUUAUCAAAAAUUGUUAUAGCAGAUGAUAAAAAAAAGGAAAUAUUGAAUAAUGAUGAGAUAGAAAAUACUAAUAGCUUAUAUGAUGAAGUGGAUAAUAUUCUAGAUAAUAGAAAUAAAAUGUACAUUGAAGAAAGAAAUAAAUUUCUUUUAAAGAAAAAGGAAGUAGCCAAUGCUGAUAAUUUAGAUAAUAAGAAAAUUGAAGAAGAUACAAAUAAAAUUAGCAAUGAAAAUUUAAAUAGUAAUAAAGCAACAUGUGAGAAAAUAAGAGGUACUGUAGAAAAUAUAGAGAAAGAAAAUAAUAAUGAAAAAUUAGAUAAUUUUAUGUAUUAUUUAAAUCAUCAUAUGAUUGAAUUAAAUGAAAAUAUUUAUAAAUUAUAUAAUGGUACAUGUGAUUAUACACAAAGGAAUUAUUGUACAAAAAAUAUUAUAAAUAUAGUGCCACAUUUAAAUAAUAUUUACGAAAAUAAAAAUUUAUGUUAUAUUAAAGAUUCUCCCAAUUUUAAUGAAAUAUCUAAGAUUAUACCAGCAUGGAAAGAUUCAUUUGAAAUAUUAAAUAAAAAGGCACUAAAAGAUACAGAAGAUAUGAAAAAUAUAUUACAUAGGAUGGAAAACAUAAAAAACGAUUUAGAUGAGCUGAAUAAAGAUUUAAAAGAAGAUAAAAAAGAAUUUGAAAAAAUAAAAUUUGAGACUGUUGAACAUGAAUCUUUGAUUUCUUCUUUUGAAAAAAAAAGUAAAAUACAUAUUAAAGGAGUAUUAAAAUUAGAUAAUAUGUCUUUUAAGUUAAAAAAAAUUCAUAAUAUUCCAUCUAAUAAUUUAAAUAAUUAUACUUUAUCAGAGCAUGUUAAUAGAUUAUUAAAAUGCAUAGAUAAUUCAGUAAUAGAUUAUUCUCAAAAUUUUAAUGAAAAAAAUUUCGAAAUUUUAAGAUUUCAAAAUUUUGAUAAUAAAUUUGACAUUUUAACUAAUACUGAUGAAGAAUCAUGCUUUAUUAUGAAUAUUCUAAAUGAAGAAUUAAAAGAAAUGAUUUUAGAAAAAAAGGAAAGACUUCAAAAAAUAAUAAGGAAAACACAGUUAUAUAAUAUUUUAGAUGCAAAUACAUAUAAAGAACAUAUAGGGAAUACAUUAAAUAAGCAUAAUAUAAUAAUUAACCAAAUUAAAAAUAAUAUACAGAAUAAAGUAAUUUCAUUAUUUGAUAUGUAUGAAAAAUUUUUUAAAAAAAAUAUCAAAAUAAUAAAAAUUUCAGAUAUUCAUGUAAAAGAUUAUAUAAAUGAAAAUGUUAAAAAAUCAUAUAUUAUUAAAACAUUUAAUGAUACAAAAAAAAAUGUAGAGAAAUAUUUUAUGAGCAUAAAUUUUACAAGAAACAAACCGAUAGAUCAUCCUUUUUUUAUUUACCAUUGUCUAAGUGAGAAAUUUGUGUAUCAUUUUAUAGCAUUUGUUUUGGAUCCUUUGUCUGAUCAAAAUCAAAAGAAUUUUAUGCAAUACUGUUCUAUUCCAGGUUUUAACUCCUUUUUAUUUUCACAGCAAGUUAUUAAAUUAUAUAGGCAAGAAGAGCAAUUUACAAAAAGCGAUAUUUCUUAUGAUUUUUCAUCAGCAUAUUCAAGAAUUAUGUAUUCAGAUUUAUAUGAUUUUACUCAUAAGCAAGUGAUGAAUAAUAUAAAAGAAAAAUGGAAUGAAGAAAAUCAAUAUUUAAUUGCACUAAGAAAUGCAUCUGAUGAUUUUUUUAAAUUAAUUACAUCAAAAAAUAAAUAUAAUAACUGUUUUUCAUUAGACUCGAGUAAUGGAUUUAACUUAAUUCAGCAUAUACCUGACUCAUUAACUCAUAUGUGCAAUAAUUAUACAGCUAUUUGUUAUGACAAUUUUAAUAAUCAAGGUACAGUUUUAGGAAUUUCAAAAAAUGAGGAUAUAAAUAAAACAAACUUUUUAUCAUCAUUUUUAAAUACAUCAACAAGUAAUACAAGUAAUAUGCUGAAUAACAUUACUUCGAAUAAUUUAUUUAAUCAGAAUAAAAGUAAUAUAUUUACAAAUAAUACAUCGAAUAACUUAUUUAAUAUCAAUAAUAGCACUACAACUAAUAAUGUAUUAAAUAACACUUCUAAUUUAUUUAGUAAUAAUAAUUCAUCUAAUUUAUUUACUAAAAACGUAACUGCAAAUACUUCAAAUAAUUUAUUUGGUAAUACAACUAAUAAUUUAUUCAAAAAUAUUAAUAAUUCAAGUAAUAUAUUAAGUAAUAAUACAAAUAAUUUAUUUGAUCAAAGUAAAAGUAAUAUAUUUGCAAAUAAUACAUCGAAUAAUUUAUUUAAUAUCAAUAAUAACAUUGCAACAAAUAAUGCAUUAAAUAGCAGUUCUAAUUUAUUUAGUAAUAAUAAUUCAUCUAAUUUAUUCACUAAAAACGUAACUACAAAUACUUCGAAUAAUUUAUUUAGUAAUACAACAAAUAAUUUAUUUAAUAACAAUAGUAAUAAAAAUACUUUAUUUAAUAAUAACAAUAGCAUAUCAAAUAUUUCUAAUAAUUUACAAAAUAACUUUACAUCACCUAGCAGUAGUAGCAUAUUUAAUAAAAGUAAUAGCACUAAUUUUUUUAGUGGUAGUAAUAAUAAUACAAAUGGAUAUUUUAAUAAAAAUUCCUUAAAUAUUUCUAAUAAUUUAUUUAAUAAUGAUAAAAAUUUGAAUAACACGACUAGUAAUAUUUUUUCAUCUUUCAAUCUUCAAACAAAUACGAAGCCUAAUAAUUUUGCCAAUAACAGUAUUUUCUCAACAAAUUUAAAUAAUAAUAGUUCUUUAUCCUUGAAAGAUGGCAUGUUUUCAUCAACGUCAGGAGGAAAUCAAUUUAUGAAUAAUAAUUUAUUUUCAUCAACUAAAGAUUUGAAUAGGCAAUCCAAUAAUUUGUUUUAUCCUAACAAUAGUAAUAAUAAUUCUAUGAAUACAAGCAAUGUUAAUAAUAAUAUAUAUAGUGCUAAAUACAGGUGUGAUAAUUCAAAUAAUAAUAGUUUAUUUAAUAAUAAUAGUAUUUUCAACAAUCAAUCUACUAAUUUUUCAGGAAAUAAUAACAGCAAUUUAUUAAGUAAUAAUAAUUCAUUUUCUUUUAACAAUAAGGCAAAUGUUUUUUCAAAUAACACUUUAUCAUUUAGUAAUACAAAUAAUUUAUCGAAAAACAAUUUAUUUAAUGUUAGUUCAAAUAAUUUAUCUAAUAAUAGCAAUAAUAUAUUUUCUAAUAAUAGUAAUAAUAACUUAUUUAAUAGUUCAAAUAAUAUAUCAACUAAUAAUAUAUUUAGUAAUAAUUCAGGUAUAACAAAUAGUUCAAUUAAUAAUAAUUUAUCACUUAACAAUAAUAGUUUAUUUAAUUCAAAAAAUAGUUUAUUAAGCUCAAAUAAUAAUAAUAAUUUUAGUUCAAAUACAAGUAUGUUAAAUAAUAAUAGUACGUUUUUGUCAAAUAAUAACAUUUUACAAAAUAAUAAUUUAUGUACUAAUUCAUUAAAUAAUAAAUCAUCUAGUAUAUUUUCCAAAGACAACAAAACUGCAAAUAAUAUAUUUGACAACAGAUUAUUUCAAAUUCAAGAUAAUAAUUACAUUUCAAACUCAAAAAUGGAUAUAAGUGGAAAAAAUAAUUUUGGAAUUUCUUCAAAUUUAUCUAAUAAUAAUUUAUUUCAAAAAAACUCUUUUUCAGUAACUCAAAAUAAAGAGGGAAUAUCAAAUUUUAAUUCCUCUCUACCAAAUAAUUUUAAUUUAAUUAAUAAUAUGAAUCCAUUUCAAAAAAAAAAUGAACCUAAUUUUCCUUCCUUUUUUAAUUCAACAAAUAACACCUUAUUUUCUAGGUAG